AUGGCGGGGAGCAAAAUUUUACAGGCGAAAGAGUGCCUUCUGCUCUUGCUCAAGUCUUUGCCCAUGGAUUGUCGUUUUCAAAUUGUCGGUUUCGGAAGCACCUUUUCUGCACUGUUCGAUGAACCAAGGAACUACACUGAGGAGUCCAUGGAAAUGGCUCUGGAAUAUCAAAAGAACCUGACCGCGAACAUGGGUGGCACAAAAGUUUUAAGAGCUCUGGAAAGCAUUUACGCAAAGGGAAUUACGGGAUAUGGAUGGUACAGGAAAAUCAUCUUGCUUACAGACGGUGAUGUAGUAAACCAAACAGAGGUCUUUUCACUUGUGCAACGCAAUGCACAGACGACGCUACAUUUUACAAUCGGUAUUGGAGAAGGUGCUAGCACAUCCUUCCUAAAUGGCGUGGCACGAGUCGGUGGUGGAAAGUCUACAUUCGUGCGGAAUGAGUAA